AUGAUGGAAGUCGUUGACCGACACUGGAAAAGUCCAUGUGGUGGCCGUGCUCCUGCUGACAAAGAGGAGUCAACUAGCUCCUCGUCGUCGCAGAGCCACAGCUUUUUCUACGUCUCAACCACCAUGUCUAAUCCCUGCAAGCGACGUCUCAUUCGCGACUUCAAGAGAUUAUCGUCUGAUCCUCCCGGUGGAAUUUCUGGAAGUCCCUGUCCAGACAAUAUCAUGUUAUGGAACGCAGUCAUUUUUGGCCCAGCGGAUACACCCUUUGAAGAUGGAACCUUCAAACUCGUGCUAACUUUUGAUGAAUCCUAUCCCAAUAAACCCCCUUCAGUCAAGUUCCUUUCGCGAAUGUUCCAUCCUAAUGUCUACGCUAAUGGCGAGCUUUGUCUGGAUAUUCUCCAAAAUCGUUGGUCGCCCACAUACGAUGUCGCUGCUAUCCUCACCUCUAUACAAAGCCUCCUCCACGAUCCAAACCCCAACAGCCCCGCCAACGCAGAGGCAGCCCAACUGUAUAGAGAGAAUAUGAAGGAGUACGUGAGGCGUGUCAAGGCGACUGUGGAAGAGAGUUGGUUGGAUUCUGGAGAAAAUGUGGAAGGAAGUAGCUCGGAUGCGACUGUUUAGAUUUUCGUCGUCGGUACCUUCGUUCACACCUACAGGUUUAUGCCUGUCGUUUCAUGUCUGCCCUCCUUUCUCUCAGUCAUUUGUAUUUUACACUGCAUCCCUACUUCCCAUCAUGCGUUUCCACAUCAAUACCUGACUGCCAUUCAUCAUCAUAAAAGAGCCAGGGAUUGUUACUGUAGUUUGAAUAGAUUAUUGAAGAGCAUUAUCUGGCGGCGCUUUCUUUUGAAUAUCUUAGACACUUC